GCUCUACACUAAAGUACUUCACCAAUGGAUAGAGCAGCUUGCUAUGGAGUGCGGGUGAAGAAAGAAUGCUGGGCAUGAAGAGUUGGGCAUCUUGUUGUUAUAACAUGCAUUAUCUGAACAAAGCCCACAGAAUUAUACCUACGAAAGAGCGGCUUCUAUGAAGGAACUUCAGUGAUGACUAUUCAACGGCUCAGACACGAGACGUUAUGUGGCAGGGACUCCAGACAAUCACGGAUUACAAAGGGAAAACCAGCCAUCUCGUGGACACCGACGUCUUGCUCCCGGACAAGCUAAACACCUGCUUUGAGGAUAACACAGUGCCACCAACCCGGGCCGCUCCAGAGGCCUGUGAGCUCUUGUUCUCUGUGGCCGACGUGAUGGCUCAGCAGGCCGGGGCUGGGCGCAGGUAUAUUCGGGCAUUUGUGAGCGGCUUCUUCGUGGCAGUGCCCGUAACUGUCACUGUUCUGGACCGCUUUGCCUAUGUAGCACGAGUAGAAGGAGCCUCAAUGCAGCCUUCCCUGAAUCCUGAGGGGAAUGUGACAGGUUCUGACGUGGUGCUCCUGAACCGCUGGAGUGUGAGGAACUACCAAGUACGUCGAGGUGACAUUGUGUCAGUCCUGUCUCCCAAGAACCCCCAGCAGAAGAUCAUCAAGCGGGUCAUAGCCCUUGAGGGAGACUUCAUCAAGACGCUUGGCUAUAAGAACCGCUAUCUCAGGGUCCCUGAUGGCCACUUUUGGAUCGAGGGGGACCAUCACGGCCACAGUCUGGACAGCAACAGCUUUGGACCGGUGUCUCUGGGGUUGGUCCACGGCCGUGCCUCCCACAUCAUCUGGCCGCCCAAUCGGUGGCAGAGGAUCGAGCCGUCCCUCCCCCCUGAGCGGAAGCCCUUGUUGAACUGGCACGGGGACACAACAGAGGAGGAGGACUGAGGAGAGGCCUGCUCAUGGCUGUAUACAUACUGUACCUACUACCUACACACUCUUUCUGUCAUACAGUACAUGUAAACAUGUCAUAAUCCUUUGAUGUGGCACAGUUAUGAUAUCUCUUUGUUGUUGAGAAGCUGAGUAUGUCAAUGGAUCAGAUACCCAUUACCCAUACAGUUGCGGCCAAAUAUAUAGGCACCCUUGCACUUUUCUUAAAUAAUUGCCUAUUUCUUCUACAAUAAGUUGAAAAAUAAAGUUUGGUCUCCACACCUUGUUUUUGGGAUAUUCAACAUUGCAAAACCUAUUUGGUUUUUGUAAAUAUAAGUUUAACAUAAAAUAAAGACCAAUGGCAUGGAUGCAAUUAUUGGCACCCUGGAGCUAGUACUUAUCUUGGACAAAGGCUGUGCAACUAACUGCCAAGAAAUGCUUAUUGUAGCACACUUCUACUGUAUUCACCUCUCGCCAUAGGUUAUGAUUCAGAUCUGGACUCUUCACUGGCCACUCCAGAACAGAUUUCUUCUUGAUCCUUUCCAGGGUGAUUUCUAUGUAUGUUUGGGGGUUGUUGUCCUACUGUGGAAGCCAGUUUUUGGACACUGGAUUGAACAUUGCAUUGGUUUUAGUCGUUGGUAAACAUAGGAAGACCCCACUGCUGAAGGAGACAAGUAAGCCUGAUUGAACUUCUCAAAAACCCACCUAAACAAGGCUAAAUCCUGGGGGGGGGGAAUGCUCUGUGGGCCAAUGAAACUAAAUUAGAGCUCUUUGGCAAUACAGAUCAGCGUUCGGUUUACUGGCCAAAUUAAGCGUUCAAUGAAAAAAGAACCCUCCCUACAAUGAAAGAUAAGGGAGGUGUAAUCAUGCUGUGGUGUUGCUUUGCUGCCUCUGGAACUGGGGACCUUGAACGUGCACAAUCCAAUGUUCAACCCAGUGUCCAAAAACUGGGUCUCCAUUGAAGGUUGUGUCUUCCAGCGGGACAAUGACCCCAAACACACAUCAAAAAGCACCCAGGAAUGGUUAAGAAGAGAUGUUGGACUGUUCUGGAGUGGCCAGCUCUGAAUUACAUCCAAAACCUACGGCGAGGUCCAAUAUGCCAUUUACCCAAUAUGGCGUGUAAAGGGCACCCAUCAAAUGUUGAAUAAUUACAGCAGUUUGCUUCUGAAAAGUGGGCCAAAUUGCUAGUAGAAAGGUACAGAAAGCUCAUUGAUGGUUACAAGAAGCAUAAACUUAUGUUGACAAAAUAUAUUUUUUUAAUGUCAUCUUAUUUUAGAAGAAAUAGGGAAUUAUUUAAGAAAAGUAUGAAACUGUAUGUCUGUGGCCAAUUGUAAAAAAUAUUUUAAAAACAUUUUGCAACCAUGUAAUGUGAACAACUGAACGCUGAGAUAUAUAUUUGUAUGUUGUGUUAUCAGAAUUUCAGACUAGUGCAGUACCAUGUUAUUAAAUGUAUGGAAAUAUUAAACUAAAACUGGUUGGGCUUUGAAGGAGCCUGUGGCAUGAAA